AAAUUGACAGUUCUUUUGUGACACAUUUUCCAUUUUAUUUGUUUCUGAUAUUUAUUGCUGUGAAGCCAAACAAAAGUAUUGUUAACGAAAUUCAGUGAAAAUUGGACCGAAUUUCAUCGUGUACACAAUCCGGUCGAUCAGCUCGUAAUCAAACAGCAACAAUGGAAGCCCUUGACGCCAUCGAAAGACGACUCGACAGUUUAAGCAGAGCCUUAGGUCCACUCCCAAAUGAAAAUUCGGAAAAUCUGACCGAUUCUUUGCUAUCUGCUAAUACAUUGCUGUCCAGUGCAAUCAAUGAUCGACAAAAAAUUGUCGACAUCGUGCAGCGAUCCAACGAAUUGGAACACUAUCUGGAUCCGACAUUUUUGGAAGCGAAACAGGACCUCAAAGCCAAAGAAGUGUAUGUGCACACUGUUGCUCCGGAGCUGGCAGCCAAUUUCGAAACGCUCGAAAAAAUCAAGGAACUGGAACCGACUCUGGGUGCGGAAUAUUUUCGCAGCAUUCCGGAUGUUACCGACAAGUUAAAGGGACUAAACAACGAUGCCGUGGAAUUGUGUCAGCGCAACGAAUUACUGGAAGAGACAUUGACCAUAGCCAUGCAACGUUACGAUGAAAUUCAGUCCGGGCUAAAAAAUUCACUGAAAGCGAUGAACGAUCGGCUGGAUCAUCUCGAAGACAGAAUGAAGAAUAUCUCGAAGGGGGACAGGGACGCGUAAAGGUGCAAUUUAUAGUAUGUUUAAUCGAAUCACCUAAUUUAAUUAUUUUCCUCUCUUUGAAAUUAAUAAAAGUCUUGCUUAAAAA